AAGAGCACGUGGUCGAUUCUUCGCACAACAGUUUGCCAUCUCCUCCUUAAAACAACUCUGAUUCGGCUGAUUCUAAUGGCAGAGGAAAGCAUGAGUGGAACAGAAAUAGAUUACAUUAACUAGUCCCCUCUUCAUAAUGGCCAGUCCGGGUGAUGGAGAGGUCUGGUACGCCCAUCCGGUGUACUCUCGCUACUGGCAGCACUACCAGCAGGCCAUAAGCUGGCACCAGAGGCAUAAGCGGGCAUACAGAAAAGCUCUGGAGGUUGGCUACUACCAGGCACUGUAUUGCACGUACCCCUCUGCCGUCCAGCGAUACUCAGAUUGGCAUGCUGACGAGAGCUGGAGGAAGGCUCACAGGGACAGAAUGACAGGUAGAGAAGAAGAAAGGGAGAACGAGGCCACUGAUUCAGACAGUGAGAUGGAGAGUUCAGAUGAGAGCCAGAUCGAGUGUGACAUCAGUAACAUGGACAUCUCAGAAGAGCUGCGACAAUACUUUGCCCAGACAGAGCGACACAGACAGGAGCUCAAGGAACAACAGCAGAUGGAGGCAGAGCAGCAUGACUCGUAUGUUCUCGCUGACCAAGACUUGCACAGAGUUUCCUGGCGCAGCAGCCAGCCUCCUUCAGAGCGUCCGGGAGAAAGGAGGACGGCAGAAAUGAAGAAGCUGUAUGGUAAAGAUGCAGCAAAGAUUCAGGGGAUGGAAGCGGCCAUGCAGCUCACCUUUGACCGCAACUGUGACAAAAAGCAGCCCAAGUACUGGCCUGUUAUACCACUAAACCUGUAGGACGACCAGACCCCAUCAUUAGAGGACCACUGGCAUAUAUAAAACAAACACUUGUGUCCUUAUAGACCGAUAAAGCGUUAAGAGAGUACUUUUAAUAAAUAAUGAAGUUCAGUGUGAUUAGUAAAACAGGCUGGGUUCUGCCAUUCCCAACUUGCACUCAUUUUUAUUUGCCAUAUCUGCAUGUAGUGGCGUCCACAAAGUUCUAUUUUUGUAAAGUUUCUCAUAUCGCAUAAAUGAUGGAAGCGCUGCUUGGAUUUCAGCGUGGUUCUUUUCAUGUAGUCAUUUCUCCCUAACUAGGUCAUUGCCUCCCCCACAGUCUUUGGUUAAUGUGUUUUGUCUGUCUCUUCUUUUUUCAUCUCACAUGAGCACAUGAGACGGUGUUUGCCGGCUUGUUCUCUGGUGCAGUUUUUACAUUUUGAAAUUUCUCCUUUUGUAAUGCAAAGAAGUCAUUGUUUAAUUAAUGCGGUUCGAUUUGAUUAAUAAAUGUAUUGCACUGAAAUGCG